AUGUCUGAGGCGGGCGGUGCGGCGGCGGCCGCGCUGCCCCGGCGCCGCGCCGGAGGCAUGCGGGCGGCCUGGGGCUCCGUCUGGUGCCUGUGCCUGGCGGCGGCCGUCGGCGGGAUGCCGGCGGCGCGGCGGGGCGGCGGCGCGGCGGCGGAGAGGAGCGGCGGGCAGCCGGCAGAAUACUUGAGGAGCGAGACUGCCUUUCUGGAAGAGUUGGUGUUUGGAAGUGGAGAUACCAUUGAACUUUCCUGUAACACCCAAGGCUCUUCUGUGUCUGUUUUCUGGUUUAAAGAUGGUAUCGGGAUUGCACCUACCAACAGAACUCAUAUUGGACAAAAACUGUUGAAGAUAAUCAAUGUGUCAUAUGAUGACUCGGGGCUGUACAGUUGCAAGCCAAGGCAUUCCAACGAGGUCCUGGGAAACUUUACAGUCAGAGUUACAGAUUCCCCUUCGUCAGGUGAUGAUGAAGAUGACGACGAUGAGUCAGAAGAUACAGGUGUCCCCUUCUGGACCCGGCCAGAUAAGAUGGAGAAGAAGCUGCUAGCAGUUCCCGCCGCCAACACGGUUCGCUUCCGAUGUCCGGCGGGUGGAAACCCAACUCCUUCCAUCUACUGGCUGAAGAACGGCAAGGAGUUCAAGGGAGAGCAUAGGAUUGGGGGCAUCAAGUUGCGACACCAGCAGUGGAGCUUGGUGAUGGAGAGUGUUGUGCCGUCAGACCGAGGAAAUUACACCUGUGUUGUGGAGAACAAAUACGGCAAUAUUAGGCACACGUACCAGCUUGAUGUAUUAGAAAGGUCGCCCCACCGACCAAUCCUACAAGCAGGGCUCCCUGCCAACCAGACUGUGGUGGUAGGGAGCAAUGUGGAGUUUCACUGCAAGGUCUACAGUGAUGCCCAGCCUCACAUCCAGUGGCUGAAACACGUGGAAGUCAACGGCAGCAAAUACGGACCCGAUGGGACGCCCUAUGUCACAGUGCUGAAGACGGCAGGUGUUAACACAACGGAUAAGGAGCUAGAGAUUCUGUACUUGCGAAAUGUUACUUUUGAGGAUGCUGGGGAAUAUACUUGUCUCGCAGGGAAUUCUAUUGGGUUCUCACAUCACUCUGCUUGGCUGACGGUGCUACCAGCGGAGGAGCUCAUGGAAAUGGAUGAUUCGGGCUCAGUGUACGCUGGCAUUCUCAGUUACGGCACUGGCUUUGUUCUCUUCAUCCUCGUGCUGGUCAUUGUGAUUAUCUGCAGGAUGAAAAUGCCAAACAAAAAAGCCAUGAACACCCCCACUGUACAGAAAGUCUCCAAAUUUCCACUCAAGAGACAGCAGGUGUCGUUGGAGUCCAACUCUUCCAUGAAUUCCAACACACCCCUGGUCCGGAUCACGCGUCUCUCCUCCAGCGAUGGGCCGAUGCUGGCCAACGUCUCUGAGCUGGAACUGCCUCCUGAUCCCAAAUGGGAAUUGGCACGCUCUCGCCUGACCUUGGGGAAGCCACUCGGCGAGGGGUGUUUUGGCCAAGUGGUGAUGGCAGAAGCAAUUGGGAUUGAUAAGGACAAGCCAAACAAGGCCAUCACGGUUGCUGUCAAGAUGUUAAAAGAUGAUGCCACAGACAAGGACCUUUCUGACCUGGUCUCUGAGAUGGAAAUGAUGAAAAUGAUAGGGAAGCAUAAAAACAUCAUUAACCUCCUCGGUGCCUGCACGCAGGAUGGACCGCUCUACGUGUUGGUGGAAUACGCGUCGAAGGGGAACUUGCGGGAAUACCUCAGGGCACGUCGCCCGCCUGGCAUGGACUAUUCCUUCGACACCUGCAAGCUGCCGGAGGAGCAGCUGACAUUUAAAGACCUGGUUUCCUGUGCCUACCAGGUGGCCCGUGGCAUGGAGUACUUGGCAUCUCAGAAAUGCAUUCAUCGCGACUUGGCAGCCAGGAACGUGUUAGUCACUGAAGACAAUGUGAUGAAAAUAGCCGAUUUUGGCCUCGCUAGAGACGUUCACAACAUCGACUAUUACAAGAAAACCACCAAUGGUCGGCUGCCUGUGAAAUGGAUGGCUCCAGAAGCCUUGUUUGACCGGGUCUAUACUCACCAGAGUGAUGUCUGGUCUUUUGGAGUGCUACUAUGGGAGAUCUUCACUUUGGGAGGGUCUCCAUACCCAGGAAUUCCCGUUGAGGAACUCUUCAAACUCUUGAAGGAAGGCCAUCGGAUGGACAAACCCGCAAACUGCACCCAUGAUUUGUACAUGAUCAUGCGGGAGUGCUGGCACGCCGUCCCCUCGCAGCGGCCCACCUUCAAACAGCUGGUGGAAGACCUGGACAGGGUCCUCACCGUGACAUCCACCGAUGAGUACCUGGACCUCUCGGUGCCCUUCGAGCAGUACUCGCCGGCCGGCCAGGACACCCACAGCACCUGCUCCUCGGGGGACGACUCAGUCUUUGCACAUGACCUGCUGCCCGACGAGCCCUGCCUGCCCAAGCACCCCCCCUGCAAUGGCGUCAUCCGGACGUGA